GUCCGGGCGCGGCGGCGGCGGCAUGGGGUCCGGCUCCUCCAGCUACCGGCCCAAGGCCAUCUACCUGGACAUCGACGGCCGCAUCCAGAAGGUGGUGUUCAGCAAGUACUGCAACUCCAGCGAUAUCAUGGACCUGUUCUGCAUCGCCACAGGCCUGCCACGGAACACAACCAUCUCCCUCCUGACCACAGACGACGCCAUGGUCGCCAUCGACCCCACCAUGCCCGCAAACUCAGAACGAACUCCCUACAAAGUGAGACCCGUGGCUAUGAAGCAGCUUUCCGAGAGAGAAGAGCUCACCCAGGGCGUGCUGGCGCAGGUGGCCGAGCAGUUCGCCAGAGCAUUUAAGAUCAACGAGCUGAAAGCAGAAGUUGCCAACCACCUGGCGGUGCUGGAGAAACGUGUAGAACUGGAAGGACUUAAAGUCGUGGAGAUCGAGAAAUGCAAGAGCGACAUUAAAAAGAUGAGGGAGGAGCUGGCCGCCAGAAGCAACAGGACCAGCUGCCCCUGUAAGUACAGCUUUUUGGAUCCCAACAAAAAGUUGAAACCUCGGCGUGAUGUCCCCGCUUAUCCCAAGUACCUGCUCUCUCCGGAGACCGUCGAGGCCCUGCGGAAGCCCACCUUUGACGUCUGGCUUUGGGAGCCCAACGAGAUGCUGAGCUGCCUGGAGCACAUGUACCACGACCUGGGCCUGGUCCGGGACUUCAGCAUCAACCCCGUCACGCUCCGGCGGUGGCUGCUCUGCGUCCACGACAACUACCGGGACAACCCGUUCCACAACUUCCGGCACUGCUUCUGCGUGACGCAGAUGAUGUACAGCAUGGUGUGGCUCUGCGGGCUGCAGGAGAAGCUCUCCCAAAUGGACAUUCUGGUCCUGAUGACCGCCGCCAUCUGCCACGACCUCGACCACCCGGGAUACAACAACACGUACCAGGUCAACGCCCGCACGGAGCUGGCGGUGCGCUACAACGACAUCUCGCCCCUGGAGAACCACCACUGCGCCGUGGCCUUCCAGAUCCUGGCGCAGCCCGAGUGCAACAUCUUCUCCCGCGUCCCGCCCGACGGCUUCCGGCAGAUCCGGCAGGGGAUGAUCACGCUGAUCCUCGCCACCGACAUGGCGCGACACGCGGAAAUCAUGGACUCCUUCAAAGAGAAAAUGGAGAACUUCGACUACAGCAACGAGGAGCACAUGACCCUGCUGAAGAUGAUCUUGAUCAAGUGCUGUGACAUCUCCAACGAGGUCCGCCCCAUGGAGGUCGCCGAGCCCUGGGUGGACUGUUUAUUAGAAGAGUAUUUUAUGCAGAGCGACCGCGAGAAGUCCGAAGGCCUCCCCGUGGCCCCGUUCAUGGACCGGGACAAAGUGACCAAAGCCACAGCCCAGAUCGGGUUCAUCAAGUUUGUGCUCAUCCCCAUGUUUGAGACGGUGACCAAGCUCUUCCCCGUGGUGAAGGAGCUCAUGCUGCAGCCGCUCUGGGAGUCCCGGGACCACUACGAGGCCCUGCAGCGCGUGGAGGACGCGGUGUCCGAGUUACAGAAAAAAACAGAGACCCUGAUGUCGGGGAAUGCUGACAACUCCAGAGACGCGCAGAGACGCGAAAACCCGUGACGGCCGCGCUCUUCCAGAUCGACGUCGCCAAGCACCGGUGCAGAUGUGUGUGACCACCUGCAGCGCUCAGCCCCCCGAUGACGAACGGCUGUCCGGCUCCCCCCAGCAGUGCGGCGGAAGACACGCGCCGAGCCGCGGCGGGGCCGGGCCGGCUGGCGGAGGCCGUCGGGCGGGGAAUCAGCUCCGCGUGGCCCUCUGGGCCGGGAAGUGGAGACUGUCCACGGAGGGAAGUUGCUCCAGGCACCGGGCACCCCACGCCACCAGAACACGUUUUCUAGAACUGUUUUGUUCACUAACACAAAGCGGGGGGAGGGAAUUCGUGAUGUUGUACAGAAUUUUUAUUUUCGAAUUGUCUUUUAAAUAAUAUAUUCUUCUACAGAAGUGGGUACUGUACAGUUUUUCUGUAGAGUUGUCCACCCCGGCUGCUUCCGGUGCGUUCCCACGUGGGGCCGGGCGGAGGACCCCCGGCGGGCGGCCCCACGCGUGUAUCUCAGCACAGACCGCGCGCCGCCGCGAUGUGCACGUCCGUGUAAAUUCCACAUUAAACGUCAGCGGUGGCGCAGCACGGG